AUGACCGGCUAUCGAGGGGCCCUCGAUCUAUCCAAUGAGCUGCUUCAUGAUAUACUUGAUCUCAUAGCCGCCGACCCUGAGAAGCUCGUAAGCGUCGACAAGCGAGCAUACCUAUCUCAAGAAAGCUUCAGGCCGGACCCACUACCUUCUCAAGACCAGGUUGUAAACAUUGGCAAGUUUAGAUUGCUCUGUCGACGAUUCGCUGCUCUGGGUGCUUCUCAUCAGUUCGCACGUGUUACAACCAGGUUCUCGUCAAAGGGGCUUGCGAGAUUAGAGGCCAUCGCCGAUCAGCCGCACCUGGCGAAGCAUGUCAAGAAGUUCAGCUACAAGGUGCCGUAUUUUUGCACACAAGGUCGAGAAAGUAUACAGUCACUUGAUGCUCAAAUCCAACAAAGCAUCGGCAAAUCUAAUAUCGAGAGAUUCCGCUGCAAGAUAUACGAGCAGCAGAAAAUAGUAACUUCAAAACGAGAUGUCGAAGUUCUGAGGAAAGCCAUGAAGGCUUUUGUCGUUUUACAGCACGUCCAGAUCUUGCGGGUUCAAGAUCAAGAAGACGAAAAAUUGCUCACCUACAUCCGUUAUCACCAAAACAUCAGCCACUUUGUGGAGCUCAAAUGGGCGCCUGCCUGUGCGCAUAGUGCAAGAACAAUAGGAAAUGCACUCUUGGAGUCUCGGUCACCUUGCUCGCGUUUUUCUUCGCCGAUGCUGAGCCCGCAGAGCGCCCUCGUGCUGGCAGAAAAUCCUACUGGCUCUUUCUCAACACUAGCGGAAAGACUUACAUGUCUGGAAUUGCAUUUUGACGAUGGCUACUUCGACGACGGCACAGACCUUGAAGUCCGCAUGUUCGAACUUUCUCACCUCUUCAAGACUGUUUUCUCAGCAGCUGUAAACAUGGAAGCUAUUCACGUGGGCUUUCCCUCCCAUCGACCCAUCGGGUUACCUCUCGAAACAAUCUUUCACAACGUACGCUGGAGCAGACUAAUAGCUUUCGGAAUACAAGGCUGGCGCUUACAUUCCGACGAAAUCAUCGCCUUUGCCAACCGUCACAAAGACAGAUUACGAGGACUAAGACUCAGAGACGUAAUGCUCCGAGAAGGCAGCAUGUGGAAAACCAUCCUCGCCUUUUUACACACCGAAAUGCGAAGACUAGAUUGGGUAUCGCUCAGACGCAUCGACUACGCAACUCACUUCGACACAGUCUGGGAAAACGCAGGUAUAGAAUUACCCGACGAUCCUCCUGGUGGAUUGAGUUCGUCGGACUCCGAGUCUGACUCGGAAAAUGAUCUUUACUGGGACGAAGCUGAUCAAAACGAUGCAAAUCACUCGACGGCAUCGGACUGGGAUAGCAAUAACUCCGACUCGGAGCACAACAACUCAGACUCGGAUGAUGAAGAGCGCGGGAGAGCAGCCCAUGAGAUGGAUUUCCCGCCUUUGAACUCGCCGGAUACGCCAAACUCUGUGCCUUGGUGCAAUUGCAAUGGUAGAGCUUUCCCGGUUGAUGUUGACGCUCUGGGAGAUGAUGGUAUCAGUGUCGAUACCAGGAAAUGGAAGAUGUGGGAGAAGUGGGUGCUGGGUAGAUGUCCUGAGCAUGAUCUAAGGUGA